CUCCAGCCAUGGAGAUUCUCGACAAAACCGAAUGGGACGUGGUCAUAGUAGGCACCGGCCUACAGCAGUCACUACUUGCUCUCCUCUGAAGAGCCCUCUCUCGCUCGGGGAAGAAAAUUCUACAUAUUGAUCCCAACAACUACUAUGGAGGUGCUGAAGCUGCCUUGAGCUUGCAAGAGGCUGAAGGGUGGGCGCAGAGGAUGCGUAAAGAGCCUACUGCCGCCUUCGCCAAUGUGUCCGUCUCGAAGCACCCCACCUCACCGUCGGGGCCUACUCCAGGAUUGUCUUCCUCGAGAUCUUAUAGUUUCGAGCUUACCCCUCAGUUGAUCUACUCCCGCUCGGCUUUGCUUCAAUAUCUGGUAUCUUCCAAGGUAUACCGCCAACUCGAGUUCCUAGCUGUAGGUAGUUGGUGGAUAUACUCGUCGGAGCUCCAGGAGCCAGCUGAGGGCCAAGCCCCGUCCGAAGGGGCACCACAGCAUGGAAGAUUGCUUAAGGUGCCCAGUGGAAGGGAGGAUGUUUUUCAAGACCAGGUUCUCGACUUCAAAGCAAAGCGAGCGCUGAUGAAGUUUCUGCGCUUCAUUGUCGACUUCGAAGAGCAGGCAGAGGUUUGGGAAGGUUAUCGGACUAAGCCUUUCCCUACGUUUUUGUCUGAACAGUUUAAAGUACCGGUCGGCCUUCAUCCGCCGCUGCUCGCUUUAACAUUGUCACCUCAGACUCCUAGCAACACGUCGACGGAAUAUGCGCUGCGGCGGAUAGCCAGACACCUGCGCUCCAUUGGCGUGUUCGGCCCUGGGUUUGGCGCUGUUCUGCCGAAAUGGGGCGGAAUGUCCGAAGUUGUCCAAGUGGCAUGCCGCUCAUGUGCAGUGGGUGGAGGCGUUUAUGUCCUUGGAAAGGGACUGUCCGACACCCCCACUGACGAUGAGGGUAAAACGGAAGGAGAAGAACAUGCCACGCUUCGCCUGAAAGAUGGCGAAACUGUGUCGUCUCGAUGGAUUGUAAAGGAAGAGAUGUUCGGCGUCGCUGAACCUUUACAGCACUGCAAAUCAGUGUCUAUUGUCUCGUCCGCGCUCACCCCUCUCUUUCCGCAAAUUGCGGAGGAAGCUCCAUCGCCGGCAUCCUCUGUGGUCGUCUUUCCAAGUGGAUCAUUAUCCCUGGCGCAGGGUGCCGAAAUUAGUCACGAUCUGCCGCCUGUGCACAUUUUUGUUCAUUCUAGCGACACUGGAGAAUGUCCUUCUGGUCAAAGUGUAUUGUAUGCGUCAACAUCCCUGACCGGAGAGAGCGGUUUUCAAUUGUUGAAGAUUGCUGUUGAUACCCUGCUCCAUACGGUGGAUAUCAUGCCUCGUCCGACUGUUCUUUGGUCUAUGCAGUUUGAGCAGCGCUCAUCCUCGUCCGACGAGCCCGCCCCCGCUGUGGGUGACCAGCACGUCCUGAAGCUCCCUAGCUCCCCGCUAGAUCUCGCUUUUGAUGACGAUGUGCUGGACCGGGUGAAGUCCGUUUGGCAGCAGAUAGUUGGAGAAGAUGGACGGGAGUUCCUGGUGUUCGAGGAUAGGGAGGCAAAUGCUGAUGAUAAUGAAUGAUACCACGAUAGUCACGAGUAAUGAAUGGAUAUG